AUGUCUUCGCCACGUAUUACUGUGACCAGCGGCCAGUCAGCAGAGACAGAACGUUUGUGGGCUGGUAAAGAUACCACGGCCGGCCGAAAGGCGAACACAGCCAAAUCUUGCGUUCUUUACCACAGCCUGAGAGGUCCCCUCAUCCCUGAGUUGGACGUUGUUUACAUGACUCAUCGAACAAAGGAAGACCCCCUUUUCCCAGAGGAAGAUCAUGAGUGCAAGGAUGAAAAUGUCCAAAUUGGACAUUUGCAAGUCCAACUUCAUGAUCUGAAGGGCCAAUUGGAAACUUGCCAUGGGAAAGGUGAAAAGGAAGACUUCAAGUGCCCGGAAUACGACCAAGACCAUAUCUAUGACCGAGGAUAUAAUUACAAGGUUUACUGCGGUUUGCUCGACGACGCUGGUUGGGCUUCAGACGAUCUCGCUAGAUUCGGCGACAAGACCCCGAAAGAAUGCGUUCAGGCCUGUACUGAUACACAGAAGUGCAAGCGUGCCAUCUGA